CUUUUCCAGUCAGCUCUGCAUUUGUUCCUGCGCAGCUAAAACACGUCUUUAUAUUUAUUUACUUUCACUUCUACUUUGCCUUUAUAUGGAUAUUUGUUUUUAACCGAAUAACACUGAAUGCAUCAUAUUUACGAUGUUUGUACUGAUUGUAUAACCUUGUUUGUCCGACAGUUAAACACUCCUUGAAGUUUUUUACAACUGGAUCUUCUGGAUUCCAAAAUGUUCCAGAGUUUGUAGCUGUUGGAUUGGUUGAUGAACUUGUCAUGGGUUACUGCGACAGCUAUGAAAAGAUGGUUGAACCAAAACAUGACUGGAUGAGAAAAGUAUUUGAAAGUGAUCCUCAGCAGUUGGCGUCGUACAGUCGAACAUGUCUUGAGGAGACUCACUUUUUCAAAGCCUCGAUUGACCAUUUGAAACAUCGCUUCAACCAAAGUGGAGGUGAUCACAUUUUACAGAAGAUGAGUGGCUGUGAGUGGGAUGAUGAGACCGGAGAAGUUAAUGGUUUUAAUCAGUUUGGUUAUGAUGGAGAAGACUUUAUAUCAUUGGACCUGAAGACACUGACAUGGAUCGCUCCACAACCACAGGCUGUCAUCACCAAACAGAGAUGGGACGCUGAUGAAGCUAGAACAAAAUACUCUGCCUAUUACCUCACUCAUGUGUUCCCUGAAUGGCUGAAGAUGUAUCUGGACUAUGGCAAGAGCUCUCUGCUGAGAAAAGACCUUCCCUCAGUGUCUCUCCUCCAGAAGACUCCCUCCUCUCCAGUCAGCUGCCACGCUACAGGUUUCUACCCUGAGGCAGCCAUGAUGUUCUGGAGGAAAGAUGGAGAGGAGCUUCAUGAGGACGUGGAGCUCGGAGAGAUCCUCCCCAACCACGAUGGAUCCUUCCAGAUGAGUGUUGACCUGGACCUCUCAUCAGUCAAACCUGAAGACUGGACCAGGUACGAGUGUGUGUUUCAUCUCUCUGGUGUGAAGGACGACAUCGUCACCAGACUGGACAAAGCAGUGAUCAGGACCAACAGAGUUUCUCCCUCAGAGUUUCCUGCUGCUGCUGUUAUUGGAGUUUGUGUGGGAUUGAUGCUGCUUCUUGCACUCUGCAUCACUGGACUCUUCUUCUGGAGGAAACACAAGAAUGGAUUCAAGCCUGCAAACUCUUCCGAACAUUCCUCCUCUCCAACUCCUGUGGACAAUGAUACAGCUCUGACUGAUCACAUGAUUCAGUGAAGAUUAGAAGAAGACACGUAACUCCAGUGAAGUGGUUGUGGCAUCAAUAUUUUAUUAGGUUAUGUUAUGUGACAUAAAUAUGUAUUAACAAAACUUCUUUUACUGAAAUCUAACUUAAGUGUUUUAUAGAUUGGAUUAGACUGUUUCAGAUUGUAGAAUAAUGAAGUGAGAAGUGAUAGAAGCAUUUUAUCUGCAGCUGUUUCUGUAGACCUUUGGUGUAAAGAUCACUGCAGCAGCUGUCACACUGUAGUGGAAAAUCUUAAGAGACAACAAGAGUUUCUAGAAAGACAGCCCUGCGGGAUUUAUUGACAAGUACAAUAUUCAAGAUACACAAACAGGUCCUUGGUUCGAACAGCAACUGCCCAGUUUUCCUAUUUCUGUUACUAUAUACCUAAUGUUCGUGUGUAAGGUCUGAUGCUUUCCUGUUAUGGAGUAAAAAGUACAAUAUUUGCCUCUAAAAUGUAGUGGAGUGGAAGUAUAUAGUUACUUAAAGUGUAAAUACUCAAGUUAGGUACAAGUAACUCAUAAUCAUUUUACUUGAGUAAAUGUACUUGGUGACAUUCCGCCACCUCACACAACACACAACCAUGUUUCCAGUGCAGAAUCUUGGGGCUUUUACAUAUCAAAUUCAUGUUAUUCAGUCAUGUGAUCUCUUGUCUUUGCUGAUGAUUAGCAUUGAUGACAUGUCAUGUAACGAUAUGUAAGAGAUAAUGUACAUAGAGUGUACAAUAUCAUGAAAUGAUCUCUGACAUGGUGAUGCUAGACCCAGAGGCAAAGCACUUAAUGUUGAAUCAGCUUUUAUUCUUUAAUUUUUUUUUAGUUUGCCACAGCUGUUGAGGAUUUCUUUAUGCAUAUUGAUAUGAUUGAACAUGAUCCUACAGAGUCCAUGAUCAGAACUAUAUCCAUAGCAAGUCUCUAUAUAUAGCAACGUUCUGUUAUACCUGGCAGCAGUCUGUUAUUCAGAAUUAACAGACUCUACAAUGCCAUUAUCGAUCAAUUAGAAUCAAGUUUUUCCAACCACAUGUAAUAAACUUUAUUGCAUAUUGCCAUUUUCUUUUUUUUUGGAAAACUGAUUCACCUAAAAUCUAUUUGUCAAGGGUCUAUUUUUAGUUAAAUUGAUGUUUUUUAGACUAAAUGUGUUCUUCUUGUGCUCUUAUUUUGUUUGAUAAGACCAGACCCAAACAUGUAACAUGUUUUAAACACAUAUUA